UCAUGCCUCAGAGCCACUCAGUCACAUUGUUCUCUCGAAGCUGCACAUCUGUAGGAAUGAGAUAAGAGGAUUUAAAGUAAAACCAAACAUCAGCAAGUCGCUGAAGGGAGAGGUGCUAGCUAUGGAGCCACGGGCCUCAGUCACAUCCUUCAAGGACAUCCCGGUACGUCGAUGGAGCCUGCGCUCCAGCUGCAGUCUGCCUUAUGGCUCUUUUGCAAACAGCCUGGCGUCUCUCACACCCGACGCUGAGGAGAAACCUGCCAUAUCGCCCAAACGCGCCUAUGUCACCAUGUUUGUGCUUUGCUACGUCAACUUGCUCAACUACAUGGAGCGGUACACAAUAGCAGGCGUCCUUACAGAUAUUCAAAAGUUCUUUGAUAUCAAGGACAGCACAGCUGGACUUCUGCAGACAGUUUUCAUCUGCAGUUUUCUCCUUUUGGCCCCUCUCUUCGGUUACCUUGGCGACCGCUACAAUCGCAAAUACAUCAUGAUUGGUGGCUUGAGUGUCUGGCUUUUGACUGCAACCGCCAGCUCUUUUGUCAAUGAAUCGCAAUUCUGGCUCCUCGCGCUGCUGCGAGGCUUGGUGGGGACCGGAGAAGCCAGCUAUUCCACCGUCGCUCCGACCAUCAUAAGCGAUCUCUUUACUGGGGGCAAAAGGAGCAUCAUGAUCUGCAUCUUCUACAUCUUUAUCCCUGUCGGGAGCGGUCUCGGGUAUAUAACAGGGCGAGGCUUUGCAUCUCUCACAGGGGACUGGCACUGGGCUCUGAGGAUCACACCCAUCAUGGGCGCAGUGGGACUCAUUUUGAUGAUCGUUUUAUGCCCCAACCCACCGAGAGGUGCUGCAGAAACCCACGGAGAGGGUGUGACGGAGCAGAGCUCUUACUUGGAGGACGUCAAAUAUCUUCUGAAAAACAAAAGUUACGUGUGGUCAUCAUUGGGAGUGACGGCCCUGGCCUUCCUCACCGGGGCGCUGGCUUUCUGGCUGCCUAACUUUUUGUUCCGAGCUCGUGUCUAUCAGAAACUCAGCGACAAAGCAGGUGACUCCUCGGACAGUUACAUCUUUGGUGCUGUAACGGUGGCCACGGGCAUUCUGGGCGGGGCUCUCGGCACUAGUUUAUCCAGACGGUUUAGGGACAAGGUGCCAAAUGCUGAUCCGCUCAUCUGUGCCGUGGGCAUGCUUGGAUCAGUGCCGUGCCUCUUUAUCACCGUCUUUGUGGCAUCAGCAAGCAUUCCCGCCACUUACGUGUUCAUUUUCUUGGGCGAGCUGCUGCUCUCGUUGAACUGGGCGGUCUUGGCUGACAUCCUGCUGUAUGUUGUCGUACCAACGAGGAGGGCGACGGCGGAGGCGCUGCAGAUUACAGUCGGACAUCUCCUGGGUGAUGCUGGGAGCCCUUACUUGUUAGGGGUGAUCUCUGAUGUGGGCGCUCUUCCCUCAGCCUGGAUCUGCCUGAGUUUCUGUCCUCUUAGCGUAAAGAAAUAA